AUGAAAAUAUUAAGAAUUAUUGUAUUAUAUAUUUUCCUUUUAUCUUUCAAUUUAGAGAAUACAUUAGGAAAUGAAUCAGAUAAAUUUUUAAAUAAUAGUCUAAUAGAUGUAUUAAAUUAUAAUUUUAAUAUUAAUGAUGUUAUGGAUAUUUUUGAAAAAAUAUUUAAGGAUAAUUUCGAUAAUUUUAAAAUUGAAGAACAAAACAAUAAAAUAAAAAAUAUGGAAUUUAAAAAAUUUUAUUUUAAUAAAUCUAAUUAUGAUUUUUUAUAUGGAUCAUUUAAAGAAUACUGUUUAAAUGAAGUUAUAAAUAAUGAGAGAUGUAAAAAAUUAUUAGAUAAGCAUAAUAUAACUCAUAUUUUUAAUAAUAUAGGUAGUAAAUUUCAGUCAAAUUUCUACAAAGAAUUGAAUGAAGUAAAAUAUUAUAUUUUUGAGAUUAUAAAACUAUUAAAGAAAAAUGAUAAAUUAAACAGCAAUAUUAUGAUUACAUUUAAUAGAAUAAAAAAUUCUAAAAAUGGAAUAAAUAAUAUUAUGAGUCAAAAAUACAAUAAUACACUUUCAAUAAUUAAAUAUUUUGAAAAUAUUUCUUAUAAUUUUAAAAAUGAAAACAAAAAUUUAAGCUUCUAUGAAAUGAUGGUAGAUUAUGGAAAUGAAUUAAAUAAAAUAGUUAAAAAUGUAUUGGUUGAAUAUGUGCAUAUGUAUAGAAAAACAAAAAAACAUCAAAAAAAAAUAGAAAAUGAUAUAAAUAAAAAUGCUAGAAUAUUAUCAAAAAUUCAUAGAAAAAUUAUUUUAAGUAUUUAUUAUAUGAUUUCAGAUAUGAAUAAAACUAAUGAAAAAGUUAAUAAUUUAAUAGAUAAAAAAGUUGACGAAUAUUAUGAAUGGAUAAGUAAAGAAAAUGAUAAUUAUGUUAAAAAUAUAAAUAAUUUGAAGCCACAUGCAGACUUUAAUUUGGAGGAACUUAAUGAAGUAAUUAAUAAUUCAAAAGAAAAAAUUCAAGAAAAUAGUAUUUCAUUUAUUAAUAUUAGUAAAUAUAUAACUUUUCAAAAUGCAUACAAAACAAUUAUGUCUAUUAUGCAUUAUAUGAAUAAUAAAUAUUCUAAAGACGUUAAUAUUAUUUUUUUAUAUAAUGAAGAGUACAAUGAUUUUAAUUUUGAUCAUUCGGAUAGCAUUCCAAAACAAUGUCCAUCUCAAAUAAAUACUACAUCAACAAGUAAUUUUAAUUUUGAUCAUUUAGAUUAUCUUGAAGCUGCUAAAUAUGAAAAGAUAUUAAAAUCUAGUAAUAAUGAAAAAAAUGAUUUUGAACAUAUAGACAAAAAAAAAAUAGAAAAUAUUAUGAAUUAUAUAUUUUUCUUAUAUGAUAAAAAUGAUCAUAAUUGGAUAAAAGAAAAGGAGUUUAAAGAUGAUAAAGGGGAUGUUUCUUAUACUGAAUUAAAUAAAAAAAUACGAAUAUAUACAAAUAAAAUGGAGAAAAGCAUUGAUACAAUUAAAGAUGAUUAUCUUUUUAAACCUACUAUUAAAAGAUAUGUAUUAAGUGUAAGAAAUCUUUUUAAUAAUAUAAUUUUUAAUUUUAAUAAAUAUAUAUAUUCCUUUGAAAAAAAAUUUGAUAUGCACACAAUGAAUGCUGAAAUUAAUGAAGCUAUCAGCAUUAAAUUAAAAGAUAAUGAAAACAAUUCAGAUAGAAAUGAAAAUGAAGAGGAAAAUGUAAAUAAAUCUGAAAAUAAAAAGAUAAAGGAGGAUGAACUCGUAAUUGAGGGGCAAAACAAAGCUGAAAGUGAGAAAAAAAAUGGAAGCGAAUACGAAUAUAAAAAUAAAAAUGAAGGUGAAAAUGAAAAAGAAGUAGAAAAUAAAAAAAAAAAUGAAGAUAAAGAAAAAACAGAAAUUGAAAAUGAAAAUGAGAAUGAGAAUGAAAACAAAAUAGAAAAUGAAAAUAAAAAUGAAGAUGAGAAUGAAAACAAAAUAGAAAUUAAAAAUAAAAAUGAAGAUGAGAAUAAAACAGAAAAUGAAACAAAAAGUGAAGAUGAAAAUGAAACGAAAAAUGAAACCAAAAGUGAGGAUGAAAAUGAAACGAAAAAUGAAACCAAAAGUGAAGAUGAAAAAAAAACAGAAAUUGAAAAUAAAAGUGAGGAUGAAAAUGAAAUGAAAAAUGAAACCAAAAAUGAGGAUGAAAAUGAAACGAAAAAUGAAACCAAAAUUGAGGAUGAAAAUGAAACGAAAAAUGAAGCAAAAAAUGAGGAUGAAAAUGAAACGAAAAAUGAAACGAAAAAUGAGGAUGAAAAUAAAACGGAGAAUGAAGGAAAAACAGAAAUUGAAAAUAAAAAUGAUGAUAAAAACAAAAAUGACGAUGAAAACAUGAAGCAGGAUGGUAUUGAAAAUGAUAACGAGAAUAAUGAUGAAAAUAAUAAUGAAAAUGGUUAUGAAAAUGGUAAUGAAAAUGAUAAUGAAAAUAAUAAUGAAAAUAAUAAUGAAAUUAAUAAUGAAAAUAAUAAUGAAAAUAAUAACGAGAAUAAUGAUGAAAAUGAUAAUGAAAAUAAGAGUAUUAAUAAGGAUAAAAAUGAUACAUUAGAAUGUGGAGUUGGAAACAUAAGAAAUUUAUGGAAACUACCUAUUAUUAAAAAUUUAUAUAAAAAUUAUUGUAAAAAAUAUAAUGAUAAUUUUAUUAAAGAUAUAAAAGAAAUUGAUAUAUGUGAAAUACAAAAUUUAGAUAUGGGAAAGUCACAUAAUAAUUUCAAUACAUUAAGUCGCUCAGAAUUGAUGAAAAAAAUUAAUGAAAAUAUUUUAUAUGGAGUUCCUGAUAUUAAUUAUAUAUUAGAAUCUUUAAAAAUUCAUAACAAAAAUAAAAAAGGAAAAAAUAACAGAAACAUUUUUUAUAAAGCAUUUUAUGGGAAUGAUUAUUUAUUCAUAAAAUCGAAAGGUUUUAAUGUGGAAUCAUUUAUUUAUCCUUAUUUUGAAGCUUUAAAUAUACAAUUAAAAGAAAUGAAAGUGUGUUCUAUAGAGAAUUAUUAUGAAUGCAUGAAAAAAUACAUUAAAAAAAAAUUUUCAGAAAAAAAACUAGAUAAAAAAGUUAUAUUUAUAUAUCUAGGAAAUUUUAAAGAAGAGGUUUUUAAACUAACAACAUCAAUAAUUGCAGAUAAUUUAAAAAGAGAACAUUUAAAACAAUUUUUAGAUAAUUCUAAAGAAAAUAAUUGUUUUAAUGAUUUUUUAAUUAAAAAAUAUAGAGAAGAAUAUAACUUUUUUGAAAGAAUCAAAACUUACACAGUAUUACAUUCUAAAUACAAAGAUUUAAAUAUGAAUAAUAUUAAUUUUAAUUUUUAUGUUUCUUAUUUUUCAAAAGAGGAAAUACAAUAUAUGCCCUUUUCUUAUUAUUAUGAUUCAAUAAUUUAUUGCAAAGUAGUUCUUUCUACAUCUAAAUAUGGAAAUCAAGAAAUUGUUCCAAUUGAUGAUGAUAUGAUAGAAGUUGCUUUAAUUCUUUCUUUGGAUAAUCAAAAUAAAAAUGUUCAUUAUUUAAUUUCAUCAACAGUUAUAUAUGAUACAAAAUAUCCACUUUUAAAAAACAAAAAAGGAAUUGUUAAACUUUUUCAAGUAUCUUAUGAAAAACCUAAUAUACAUUUAAUAAAUGAAAAAUUUAAAAUUAAAGCAACAAAAAAUAUGAAAGUUAUUUUAGAAAAAGAAGUAAUUCUUAAUGAUAAUACAAAAAAAGUACAAGACUAUAUAGAUACAUUUUAUGAGAUUAUGAAUAAAAUAAUGAAAAAUAAUAUUAACUUAGAGUUAAUGGGUAAAUCUUUUUUUGUUCAUCUAAAAAAAAUAUAA